GUUAUUGUGAGUAUCAAUCAACAUACAGUCAUAAGCACACAUUCUUACAAAUUUCUGCUGAAUCUCAAAUCAAAAAUGCUUUAAAAAGGGCCUGUUGUGUGUAAUUGGAUUUUCUUUAAACUUUUUUUUUUAUCUUUUUUUUCUCUUUCUUUCUAUUGUUAUUCCCUCCCUUCAAGACGCUAUUAGAUAAAUGUAUUAAGAAUGGAGUAGAAUUAUCCCUUGAUAUUUUUUCUCUUGAUUUCAUAAUACACAAGCCAAAAAGAUAAACACAAAGGAUAUCAUAUAACAACCAUCAUAAAAUGCAAUCAAAAAUCGACCUUGAAGAGCUAAAAGAAAUCCAACAAAACGAAAUAGAGGCCUUGAAAGCUAUUUUUAUGGAAGACUACCAUGAAGUCGUAAACAAAACUGCUUGGAAGGUCUCUCAUACCGAUCCCGAAUUCAUACUACACCUGUGUCCUUUGGGAGUAGAGGAAAACGAAGCCUAUGUUACAGUUGAUCUCAAAGUACGCUUUCCAAAAACUUAUCCCAACAAACCACCCGAACUUCACCUUAUUAACCCGCGUGGUCUGACGCCUGCUGCUCUUCGUCAACUCACUCAGUCACUCCAACAAACUGCACAACAACUGGUGGGUCAGGAAAUGAUGUACGAUCUCAGUGAUUAUACAAGAGCCUUUUUAGCAAACCACAACGCACCACCUUCUGCUACUUCUAAGCUUACUCUGCACGAACAAAUGAUGAUGCGAAACGAACAAGACUUGAGAGUAGAGCGCGAAAGAGAAAUGAAAGAAUUAGCACGCCAACGACAAGAAAGAGAAGCGGAACUACGCGUACAGUCAGAUAUGAUGAAUGAAAAGAUCCAACAAGACAUUGAGCGCAAAAGAGAACAUGCACGUGCAGCCAGACAAGAACUCGGAUUUUCAGAUGUUGCAGAAGCCAUUGUAGACGACGAUUUUCAUGUUCAUUUUGAUGCGCCCGACACAUUAGACAGCAGUGAUAUUAAACUGAUUCAUUUUGAAAACCUAAUCACCAUUCCAAUUCAAAAAGAAGAUAAUGGCACUAUACCCAAACGAGUUUCAUUUCAUACAGUGGCAAUGGGUCCAUGUAUAGGCAAGGGCAUUGUGGGUGAGACACUUUCAGCACAACCCAUCAACUUCAAAUUGACAGCAGAAGAUGGAGGCAUGACAGACGAUAUUGAGAAUUUGCCAAACUUGGUGGCUAUCAAAAAAGUGGAUGUGACUGGAUCCUAUUACACAACACAAGCAGGCAAACGAAAGCUUCAGGACAUUGAACGAGAACUUGAUCGAUUACGUACACUUCAACAUCCACACAUUCUUAGUAUCUAUGAUGCACGCCUGGAUCGUAAUAAAAUGGACAGAAAAUCAUGGAUUUUGUAUGUCCUGGUAGAAUAUGAACAGGGAGGAAGUUUGCACGAUUUACUCAAGAAAUGUGGUGGUGGGUUAAGACUUGCUAUUGUACGAAAAUACAUGAAGCAAUUGUUGUGGGCAUUGAACCAUGUUCAUUUGAAUGGGUUCAUUUGCAAAGAUAUUCGUUCCACUAGCAUCUUUUGUACUGUAAACCAGUCUGUUAAAUUGGCAGAUAUCAGUUAUAAUAAGCGAUUGCAUGAUUUGAACAAGUCCAAUUACUUGGUUGAAAACAAUGAAAAAAAUGAUAAACUAUUAGCUGACUGUACCAGUGCUUGGUCUUCUCCUGAAGUACGUGAGCGUCCAGGUGUUUAUGGCCGUAAAAACGAUAUUUGGUGCCUUGGCGUUGUGUUUAUUGAAAUGUUAUGGGGUGUAGAUGUAACAAAAGAAUUUGGUGAUUUUGAAGCCUUUUUACGUACAGCUGGUGCAGAAUUACCUGCGAUUGCUAGUGAUUUUGCCAAGCGAUUAUUGGAACCUGAUCCAAAGAAACGUCCUACAGCCAUUGACCUUAUGAACGAUCCUUUCUUUGCUGGAGAUACAAGUGAGCUCAUGUUUGCAGAACAAGCUGCACCACCUGUGUUUUCGGCCAAUGUAGCACCCCAUAUGACUUCAUCCAACAAUAGCAAAGUAACUCCACCUGCAGCCCAAUUGUUUGAGCCCUCCAUGAUGGCACCCGAUAUCAACAAAUCCGUCUACCCACCCGACCAUCAUCUGAGGGCACAAGUCAAUCCUCAAGCAUCUGAAGCCAAUCCAAACACAUCUGUCAUUGGUGCCUCCAGAUACAAGACUGAUUUUGAAGAAAUCGAAUUUUUAGGUAAAGGUGGUUUCGGCGAAGUCAUCAAGGCACGCAACAGACUAGAUGGUCGAUUGUAUGCUAUCAAGAAGAUUCGCUUAGAUCCUCGAGAUAGUGAAGACUUGAAAAAGAUUCUUCGAGAAGUACAUUCUUUAUCCAGUCUACAUCAUCAAUAUGUAGUUCGAUAUUUUGCGACCUGGUUUGAAGACGAAGAUGACACUACCUUCAAAGAAAGUGAUGAGGAAAGCUUUACUGAGGAUUCCGAGUCUGAAUACGAUGAAGAAGAUGGCGAUGUGAGUGCCUAUCAGCAGCGAUUUCAUGAUUUCUUGUCUGUUGAUAACCGUCAUCAUUCCAAAAGCAAAAGUCGAAGUUAUUCUGCUAUUCGAUUUGACGACGAUGAUGAUGAUAGCAGCAGUAGCAGUGAAGAAGAAGGCAGCAUGCGUUAUGAAAGCAAUGGAGGUGAUGAUUCUGAUGAUUAUAUCGCUUUUGCUCCUGACGAUGCAACAACAGGCGAAAGCGAUGCUACCACAGACACAGCUUCAACUAAAAGACAACACCUUGUUCGAAGAGCUAUCAAGAACCUUAAAAAGAAAAUGUCUGAAGAAAAGAGCACUGAUAGUCAAAAGAGAAGUGGCAGUGGAACUGUACAGCGCACUCGAGUUCUGUACAUUCAAAUGGAAUAUUGUGAAAAAAAAACCCUUCGAGAUGUGAUUGAUGAAGGUAUUGAUGAGCAAGAGGCCUGGCGUCUUUUCCGUCAAAUCUUAGAAGGCCUUGUCCAUAUCCAUUCUCAAGGUAUGAUCCAUAGAGACUUGAAGCCUCCCAAUAUUUUCUUGGAUUCGAACAAUGAUGUCAAAAUUGGCGAUUUUGGUCUGGCUACUUCAAAUCAAACCUUGGUAGACAGUGCAGCUUUUUCUCGAAACGCUAGUCAUCAUCAUCAACGUAUAGUGGAUCGCCUCAAUCAGUCUGUGUCUGCUUCUGAAAGCGCAUCAGCAAGUUAUACAGGCUAUUCUGCCUCAAGUGCUCAUUUAGGUGCAGAUGAAAGCAUGACCACAGGUGUAGGCACUACUUUUUAUGUUUCUCCAGAAGUCAUGCCUGAUCCUACAACAGGAGCUACUUCAGGUAUGCGGUAUAAUCAAAAGGUCGAUAUGUUUUCUCUUGGUAUCAUCUUUUUUGAAAUGUGCUACAAGUUCUCUACGGGUAUGCAGCGUGUUGUCGUGUUGAAUGAGCUUAGGAACGGCAAGUUCCCCGAGGACUUUCCUUCACAGUAUAUCAACCAAAAGAAAAUUAUCAAGCUCCUCUUAUCUUCUCAACCCAAAGAUCGCCCUAACAGUUUUGAACUGCUUCGAAGUGACUUACUGCCUCCUAAACUCGAAGAUGAAUAUAUCAAGGAAUGUGUGCGUACCAUUGCCAACCCCAAUACGCCUUAUUACGACAAACUGAUGUCUGCCAUGUUUUCUCAGUCUGCAGAUCGUCACAAAGACUUUACUUAUGAUUACCAUGGGCAUACAGAUACAGUGUUCGAUCCGUUUAGUCAUAUCUUUUUUGAUUGUGUUCGAGAACAAAUGACCAAGGUAUUCCAUCGACACGGUGCCAUUGAUGUCUCUGCUCCGCUUUUGAUUCCUAAAAAUGACCUUUAUGAAUGGAACUGGAAAAACCCUGUCUAUCUUAUGGACUCUCAAGGCUCUCUUAACCAACUUCCUUACGACCAAACUGUGCCUUUUGCACGUUAUGUUGCAAGACAAAAAGGAUUUCCUGAAUUAAAGCGGUUCACAUUUGAUAAAGUCUAUCGAGAGAAUCCAAGUGGUGGUCAGCCCGAAGCUGUGCUGGAAGCAGAUUUUGACAUCGUUCAUAAAGAAACAACGCCUAUGGUACCUGAUGCUGAAGUUUUGAAAGUAGUAGAAGAAGUCUUGGAAGAGCUACCUCCUUACAAAAACGGUGGAUUCUAUUUUGUGGUGAACCAUACAGGAAUUACAGACCUUAUCCUUGAUAGUUGCCGAGUUCCUCCAGAUAUCAGAAAAGGCGUUCUAGUUGCUUUGUCAAGUUUGGGAAGAGCUCCCUCUUUUGCUGCUGUCCGAAAUAUCCUGAAACUAAAAUACCAUUUGCAAAGAAGUGUGUUGGACGAAUUGUCUAUGUUUAAUAUCCAUGGUGAACUUGAAAAUAUUGUAAAGAAAAUAGAAGGGCUUUUACCAAACUCACAUAAAGCUAAAUUUAGAGACAAUGUGAGUGAGCUACGCACACUUGUCCAAGUCAGCAAGCAUAUCGGUAUUCAUCACAAGAUUAUAUUCCAUCCUUUGCUAGUCUAUAACAAUCAUUUCUACAAGAACGGCAUGGUCUUUGAGACUGUAACAGAUACGAUUGAUUCUAAACGAAAAGACGUGCUUGCAGUGGGCGGAAGAUACGAUUUCUUGGUUCAACAUUUUGCUCAUCCAAGUGCAGCUGCAAACAGAAAGUUACAUGCUGUUGGUGUCAAUAUUGCUAUACAAAAACUAAUUCGUCAUCUUGAUAUGCAUCAAUCCGAGCAAGUCAAAUAUCUGAUGAAGGCCAAGAAUGAGAAGAUGCGAAGUUUCGGUCUCUGGGCUCCUAAAAAAUGCGACGUGUAUGUAGCUAGUUUUGGCAAGGUACUUAUCCAAGAGCGCCUGGAGAUUGUCAAGGAAUUAUGGCAUCAUAAUAUUCGCGCUGAAUUUCAGUACAACGAUGGAGGUUAUUUGACACCAGAAGACCUUGUAUCGCUCUGUAAAAAGGCGAGCAUCAAUUGGAUUGUUAUUGUCAAACAUAAAAGCUCUUCUGAAAGUAAAUCUUCAAGCGAAUCAACAACUGUCAAAGUCAAGGAUGUCCUGCGACGUACAGAAACUGAAGUGAACAAAUCUGAUUUACCCAUGUGGCUUACAACUGAAAUCAAUGAGCAAAUGAGAGUAGAUUCUGUUGCUCGAGUCAAAAGCAAGCAUGAUCUGAAGUCAAAAGAUAAUUCAGAUUCAGUUCGAAAUGAUCCUUUCUCUCUUGACCUGUCUAAAGGUGAUGGCUCUGAUCAAAAAAAGACCACUUUUAAUGUGAAUAUUGUGUUCAAUGAAGGUCGUGGUAAAGAACGAACAAAGAUGAAGCACAAGCACAAGACUGUUCUGGUUGAUAAAGCUAUUCAUCGUCUUACACCCAUUAUGGAUGAUUUGAAGAAAGAAGUACAAGUGAUUGCUUUUGAUCUUCCAAAAGAAGUGGUCAAGAACAUGGUUGAGCACAAUUUUUGGCAAGAUGAUGGUUAUAAGAAGCUCUUGGAUUAUGUUAGCAUCAAUCAACGAGAUACCCUGAGUAGAGUUAGACAUGCGGUCCAAAAGCUGAUUGACGUCAAACAUAAAUGCGUUUGGCUUUAUUCUCAUAGAGAUGAUUUUGCUCUAUUAUGCGUUUUACCUUAAAUCUUUGUAUAAUAAUAAUAAAAAAAAAGAACUUAAUUUUUAUACAAU